UCUAUAAUGACUCACCGACACCAUUGCCAGUCCUGCUAUCUGACGCAAGUCAAGAUCUUUGGUGCCAGCAAGUAAUCCAGGGCGCCAUCUUCAUACCUUUGCACACGGAUUCACAGCCGCCAGGAGCGACAUCUCCCUUCUGGCUCUACUUAAGCAGCUGCCUUCGUCCGGCCACUUUCAGUGGGCACGGGAUAGCGGCAACCAUGCAGUCGCCGCUAAACCCUUUUUGCUUCUUCAUGCAGUUGAUCGUGCUCCUUGGAGUAUGGCUGUAUCCCUCGACCUGCGCAUGUGCGGUUUCACCAGUGCUCAUCUAUAAUGACUCACCGACACCAUUGCCAGUCCUGCUAUCUGACGCAAGUCAAGAUCUUUGGUGCCAGCAAGUAAUCCAGGGCGCCAUCUUCAUACCUUUGCACACGGAUUCACAGCCGCCAGGAGCGACAUCUCCCUUCUGGCUCUACUUAAGCAGCUGCCUUCGUCCGGCCACUUUCAGUGGGCACGGGAUAGCGGCAAGCAUGCAGUCGCCGCUAAACCCUUUUUGCUUCUUCAUGCAGGUCUGUGAAGCUCUGUCUCUUUACUCUAAACGUACAAGUAACGUCUGUCUGCUGCUUUUCCCGUGCCCAAGUGUACUUUUUGCCUCACUGUGUGAAUGUGCGUUUGUUGCAAGGCUACUCAUCCUAUCUGGCGACGUUGAACUUAAUCCGGGACCCGCAACUGACGCGCAGUACAAAGAACUUCUUGCAGCCAUUUCUGCCCUUUCAGCAAAAAUAGAUUCACGACACACAGAGGUAAUGAGUGGUCUCGCCGAAUUAAAGGAAAAGCAAGCUCAAUUAACUAAUCAAGUUUCCGAUUUAACCACUAGAUUAACGACAGUUGAAUCGCUUGUUGAAUCACUUGAGCUUAACCCGUCGUCAGCUGACAUACCUGCAGUUGUAGCUCACGCCGUUAAAACUGAAAAUGCCUCCCUCCUGACACGUCUCGAUGAUCUGGAAGAUCGCUCCCGCCGGGAUAACUUAAUAUUUUAUGGUAUUUCUGACUCUCCCUCAGAAACAUGGGCACAGUCUGAAAAAUUGGUGUGUGAAUUUUUGUCUCAUCAUCUUAAGUUUGAGGUCCCCGAGAAUAUGGUUUGUAGAGCCCACCGACUUGGCUCGUAUACUGCUAAUAAGACUCGCCCGAUUAUAAUGAAAUUUUCUUGCUCAAAACUAAAGGAUAAAAUUCUGGCACUAAAAUCUAAUUUCAAAUCCACCGGGGUAUCUGUGGGCGAAGAUUUCUGCCGAGCAACGCGCCAGGCUAGGAAAAAGCUGCUUGAUUUUGCUAAGGCAUCAGGACAGACAUACUCAAUACGGCUAAAUAAGUUAUUUUUGAACAAAAAGUGCUACGUUUACUGUUCUACCACUGACAAUGUAUGCGAAGUCAGCAUGCCACGUGCAGCACGCUCUUCUGAUCGGUCGCGUCAAGCUAUCGAAGGAAAUGGUUCGACAUAGCUAGCACAUGCGCAAUCUAAUAACACCAUAUCUGUUUUUGUCACUAACGUGCGAAGUCUACUAAAUAAACGUGCUGCGGUGUCCUCGCUGAUUGAUUCAUGCGCUGCUGACAUAGUAUGUCUCACUGAAACAUGGCUCUCGGCUCGGAUAAAAAAUAGCGAAAUUUUUGAUUGUGAAAAACUGUAUUCAUGUUAUCGCUGCGAUCGUGGUGUGCGAUCAGGUGGAGGUGUCUUGAUUGCGGUUACUGAAACGCUCACAUCGAGCUCAGUUUCCAUAGAAACGCCACUUGAACUUGUUUGCGUGCGCGUUGUACUCGACAACAGAGAUGUUAUUUUUUGCACAUGCUAUCGCCCUCCUACUGCUUCGACGUCAUUUUGCGAUGACCUUCACGACGCAUUGAACAAAUUAAUUGUCAGAUACCCUAACGCUCCCCUUUUUCUUCUUGGUGACUUCAACUUUCCCGAUAUCAUUUGGCGUAACGACACGGCAACGUCCCAGUCUUCUCAGAGUACCCAGUUUAUAAACACUUGUUUGGAUUUCCACUUCACCCAGCUUGUACUGAAACCAACGCGCGUGUCUGCCUCCUCAUCUAACAUACUAGAUCUGAUUCUCACUACGAACCCUGACACAGUUUCCCCAAUUCUUUACAUAAAAGGCGUAAGUGAUCACCUUGCACUCACUUUUCAUAUCAAUACACGGGCUCCUGUAAAGAAAACUACGAAGGUGAUCCGCGAUUACAGCAAAGCCGACUUGGCUUCCAUUACCACUGAAAUGGAAAAUUUCGCAGCUUCUUACAUCGCUAAUUGCGAUCAGCGCUGUGUUCAAGAAAACUGGUGCAUUUUCAAAAAUAAAUUGUUGUCAUUAAUCGAACGUUUCGUACCGCAAAGAACAGUCUCUUGCAAGCCACGGUCCCCUUGGUUCAACCCCUUUCUGAAGCGACUACGUAACAAAAAAAAGCGGUUGUUUCGUCGCGCAAAAGCUUCAUGCAGUGACGUUGCUUGGUCCGCUUACUACCUCACUGAAAGUGACUACAACACAGCCGCCGCUAGUGCGAAACAGCAUUUUUAUUCUGUUACCCUUCCGUCCAUCUUGCAAACUAAUCCUCGUAAAUUCUGGACCAUAGUUAACGGUACUCCAAGCAAAAUAAUCCAAUUAACAUACCCAAACGAUCAACCUGUUGCUCCUGAAGAAUGCUGUAAUGUAUUUAAUGAUGUGUUCUCUUCACAUGUUACCACAAUGCCUAGUGGAUUACCGGUUUUAUCCAAUUCUGGUUUUUCGCCCAUGGAUCCAAUCUCUAUUGACUGGGUUGGUGUUAGCUGCCUAAUAAACAAUCAAAAAACGUCCUCCUCUGCCGGCCCAGACU